UGCGUUAAACAAAAUUAGUCUGUUGAAAAUUCAUAUUGCAGAUGUACCAUAUUGCAGCUGCUCUUCGAAAUAAGAAUGAAUACGAACUCGCCUGUGCUUACCUUGGAAGUUCAACAUAUUUAUGUACAUAUUGAUAAGAUAGAUGUUUUACAGGGAAUAUCAUGUUCACUGAAAUCUGGGGAGAUUUGUGCGAUUAUGGGACCCACAGGUUCGGGCAAGACUACUUUCAUGAACACAAUAUCCGGUCGUCAAGCCUACACAUCCGGAUCGGUGAUGCUGAACGGAUUUCCGUUCAACAAGCGUCUGCGCAGAAGACUCGCAUUUGUCCAACAAGAGGACGUCUUUUUCACCCACCUUACCCUUGACGAAACCAUGUGGUUUACAGCAAACAUUCGCAUGCCCGAGAGCGUGACCUUGGAGGAUAAACGAAGGACAAUUAACUCCAUUCAAGGCUCCCUGAACCUGGAGAAGUGUAAAAACACAGUGAUUGGUAACUUAUUUGUUAAGGGACUUUCUGGUGGUGAAAAGAAGCGCGCUAGCAUAGCCUGUGAAUUGUUGACAGACAUGGACAUACUGCUUCUUGACGAGCCAACUUCUGGCCUGGAUUCCACGACUGCGGGCGCUGUAAUGCAGUGUUUGGGGAACUUGGCGAAGGAGUUCAAUAAGAUGAUUGUGUUAACAAUCCAUCAGCCCUCCAGCCGGAUUUAUCAAAUGUUCGAUACACUCUUGCUCCUAUCUGACGGCCAGAUGAUGUACUCUGGCAGUCAAAAAUCUGCCCUGCCUUUUUUUGAGGGACAAGGAUUUAAGUGCGCCAUUAAUUACAACCCCGCCGACUUUCUCCUUGAAGUUCUUUCUCAAGGCAAAGAGAUUUCCUCGCAAACUGUCGAUUGCUCUACAACCAGUGUAUCCAAUGGCAAGAGCGACAAUGGAAAUGCAAGAUGCCAGUUACUGGAAAAUACACAUUCGGAAUAUGGCUCAGUUACUCUCUUGUCAGAAACAGACAGUCUCAUUGCCGACACAGGUGUUUGUUUAAGCGAAGAGCUUUUGAAGACAGAGAAGUGGUCGACGUCGUGGUGGACUCAGUACAAGGUUCUGGCCUGGAGAAGCCUCAAGGAGCAGAUAGCCGUGCUCAAGGAGGGAUAUUCCCUUGCUAUAGCGGUGACCGUGUCCGUCGUAUGCUGCUUCUUAUUCUUCAAAGUUGGCGUCAGCCUGCAGACGGCGAGAGACAUAUUUGGUUUGAGCUUUUUCUACAUUGGAUACUGGACCUUCAUCCCAGCAAUGACAGUCGUAAGCAGUUUCCCAGCUGAGCGCCCGGUGAUCUCAAAGGAGCGGUUGGCCGGAUCGUAUCGACUGUCGGCCUACUUCCUGGCCAAGGUGACUGGGGAUCUGCCCGACACGCUCACCCAGCCCGUUUUCAUGUACAUACUAUUCUUUUGGGUGGCAAACUUCGGGGACGCCGGACAAUUCUUCACCAUUCUUGUUGUCAUGCUACUGCAGACAACGGCGGCGUACGGUUUCGGUCUUACUCUGUCGGUGUUGUGUACGGACGCACGGAUGGCCGUCACUGUACUUUUCAGUUAUCUCAUUACGACAUAUGCCUUAGGUGGCUUUUUCUCCCAGAAUGUUCCUUACUGGAUGGGCUGGGUGAAGUACACUUCCGUAUUCUAUUACCCGUACGCCUUUGCUGUUUCAAUCUUGCUGCAGGAUUUACCGGAUACGCCAUGUAACCAGACAUCGGUAAUUGUGUUUCCACAGUGUGGAGGGAACGGAACAAUGUUUGUCACGUCUGGAGACAUUCUCGCUAAAGGAAAUGUACAUUUUCCGGCAUACGUGUAUUUGUUUAUUAUCAUUGCAUAUACUUUUAUUCUUAGAAACCUUGGGUACGUGGUCAUGAGAUUCAAGCGAGAUACAAUAGUGUAAUACUUCGAGAAAACAGACGCAAUGGCGCCUUUCCAAAAUAGACAUAUCACUUUAAAUAUCUGCCUUCAUGGGAAUGAUUGUGUAAGCCCACACUAUACUAGAGGGUAUCUCUCUGUGAAAUACCACUGUAGGAAACGCCUAGAAAUUUAUUAUCAAUAGUUGGACUAGUUUCUUUUACAUAUAUUGUACCGAGUUGUACUGAAGUGAUUUAUCGCCGUGUCACUUGUUUGGUGUUUGACACAUUGUACAUUGCUUUUAUUUAAAGUUACUGGGUUUGUCCCUGUAGUUUUCACUGUUUAUCAAAUGUUGGU